CACUUUCAUAGGACCCAUAGCUUGUCCCCUCAUUAGCCCCAUGAUGUGAUCUUCAUUUUCCUUCACUUCUGAAAUUUUUUUUUCCUGCUUCCUCUUCCAUUCCACCCUUUCUUCCCAAGAUUCUUUCCUUAAUUAUCUGUCUCGGACAAUACUAGAGGAAAAAAACAACCCUUCAUGAGACAAUGAUGUCAAUCAACAAAGGAAAAGAAAUAGCAGAAGGGUCUUCAAGAUCCACUGCUGCUGCUGUUGCUGCUGCUGCUGCUGCUGCUGAUCAGCAAAAUCCGCCUCCGCUAAGCCGGUAUGAGUCACAGAAGAGAAGGGACUGGAACACUUUUGGUCAGUACUUGAGAAACCAAAGGCCCCCGGUUGCUCUUUCUCAGUGUAACGCCAACCAUGUGCUCGAGUUCCUUCGUUACCUUGAUCAAUUUGGCAAGACUAAGGUGCACUUACAAGGUUGCGUGUUCUUCGGGCAACCUGAACCACCAGGGCCAUGUACAUGCCCUCUUAGACAAGCUUGGGGUAGCCUCGAUGCUCUCAUCGGCCGACUUAGAGCUGCUUAUGAAGAGAAUGGCGGCUUGCCUGAGACCAACCCUUUCGCAAGUGGUGCUAUACGCAUUUACCUUCGCGAAGUGAGGGACUCCCAAGCUAAAGCUCGGGGAAUUCCCUAUAAGAAGAAAAAGAAGAAGAGAAAUCCAUUGAAGUCUAAUGAAGAUAGCUCAAGUUUCACUAUUCAGCAAUCUUGAUUUCUCUUCUCUAUGGUUUUCCCUAUAAAGUGGUCCUACAAUAAAAUUCCAAGUUUGAUCAGUUUGCUGCUACAUGUCAAAGCUCCAUCUUACUAGAAUUCGCAAUCAUUUCCUCCUUGGGUCAAGAUUUGGUCAUUUAGAUAAGUAGAGCACUGUGUUUAUUGUUUUAAAUGAGAAUCAAAGCGGGAAAUGGGGCAAGAUAUAUGAAAAAAAAAAAAAACUGGAGUUGAAGAGGGUAAGUUGCUUUUUUCUUCUUUUUGUUUUAUAUUUCCUCUCCAUUUCAAGUCAGUUAGUAUUCUGUCAAUUAAUGCAGUCAAGUUUGUCCCAGGAAACUAUUCUCCAGGUAUAUGUAUAUUGGUGCAAAUACUAUUAUAAUGUUGUACUUCAACUGUUCCAAUUUUUUUUUAUGAUUUUGGAUAAAAAGGUUAGCAUGUUA